UUGUAAUACCGAAGAGUAUGCGACAGAGCAUGCUGAAGAGAGUUCAUGCUGGCCAUCUUGGGCUGCAGAAGUGUAAAGAGAGGGCUCGAGCACUCAUAUUUUGGCCAGGUUUGAACGGCGACACCGCGGCGCUAAUAUCAAGCUUCGCAACGUGCAGAAAAUACGCGUACCGGCAGCCACAGGAACCGCUACUAAUGCGAGAAGUACCCAAAUGUGCCUGGUAUAGGGUAGGAGUUGAUAUCUUUUCUUAUGCUGGAACGUCGUACGUGGUUGCCUACGACGCCUUUUCAAAUUUUCCCGAGGUAGAAAAGCUGGAAGACGCAUCCGCAGCAACCACGGUCAUAGCUCUUAGCGCCAUGUUUGCCAGGUACGGGGUACCAGUAGAAGUCUGUACGGAUAAUGGACCCCAGUUUUCGAGCCAUGAAUUUGCCAGCUUCGCCAACAGAUAUGACUUUAACCAUGUCACCUCGAGCCCCUGUUAUCCACAGUCGAACGGCUUGGCGGAAAAGGGGGUGCAGAUCGUAAAGCGAAUCCUAAAAAAGACCUUAGAGGCGGGGGAUGACUUCUGGCUGGGCCUUCUAGCCUAUCGAUCAGCACCUCUAGAAGACGGGCGUUCUCCGGGUGAACUUCUGCAAAGAAGACGACUUCGUUCUAACCUUCCUGACUUUCGCAGGGUGUCCCGGACGAAUGUGACUAAGCACCACCAAAACAAAGCAGGAAGCCCUUUGGGUGUACUAUAUAGGGGCUCAACGGUCCGGCUUCAAGAUGCUGCGGGUUGGUCACAAAAAGCGAAGGUGAUAGCCGAGGCUGCUCCACGAUCCUACCUAGUAAAAACACGAGGUCAUCGCAUGCUGCGGCGAAACCGCCGACAUCUACUCGAGACGAAGGAACAGUGUAGCCGUAACAGUGAUGACGACGAUUGUCCCACCAGUGUCAACUCCCGUUCACCGUGUCCUACCGCACCUUCAGAACCACCCGCGCAAGCAUCGCCGCCAGCUCCGCAUCUACUCGGGACGAAGGAGCGGUGUAGCAGUGACAGUGAUAGCGACGAUUGUCCCACCAGUGUGAACUCCCGUUCACCGUGUCCUCCUACCGCAUCAUCGGAACCACCCGACCAAGCAUCGCCGCCAGCUCCAAGAAGGUCGACGCGUAACACCUGGCCCCCUCAGAGACUGCGCUAUGACGAACACUUUAAUCAAGUGCCAUAAGCUGUGGUGCAUGUUUUUUGUUAAGUGUUUAUUUUGUUUGUUCCACGAGAGAGCAUGUAUCGGACACGCGUACUGAUAAACUCGGCGCAGAUGCGCAUCAGUGAUGCGCAGUAUGUUCAACGCGCUCGCUCGUGCGUUUAUAAAAUGUGGCUCAAUAAACUUGGUUGUCAUUC